AUGAAUAAAAUAGAUGUGAUUGCUUUGUUUUUUUCAUCGUUUAUAUUUAUAAUUCAUAUUAAUGCCUCAACAGAUCCACUUUGUGUAGGACAUCGAGGUUAUACGUUAGGUGGACACCCAGAGAAUACAUUGAUAUCAUUGGAAAAAGCAAUUUCAGCAGGAGCUGAUGGAUUAGAAUCUGAUGUCAGAUUGACAAAAGAUGGUGAAGUGAUAAUGAUACACGAUGAUUCAUUGAAUAAAACCACUAAUGGUACUGGGUUGGUUAUUGAUCAUGAUUGGAAUGGAUAUAUUGAAUAUUUGAAAACUAAGGAUGGUACCGCCAAUAUUCCAAGAUUCCAAGAUGUCUUGAAUUUAUUGAAAAAACAAGAAAAUAAAAACAUAUUCUUGAUUCGUAGUAAUCCCAUUCAAAUAAUUGAUAAAAUGGCAGAAAUAUUCGACAAAUCAAAUUCAGAUUAUGACUUUGGAAAUCAAAUAUUCUUGGGUGUCUGGACGUAUGAAUUUUACUUGAGGACUAAAAAAUUAAUUCCAAAAUUACCAAUUUCUUAUAUUGGCGAUGAUAUUUCAAUUGCUAGGGAAAAUUAUUUUGAUUAUAUAGAAAGUUAUAAUAUGGAAUACCCACAAGUGUUGUCGGAUCAUACCAAGUUCACCAAAACAUUGUGUGAAAAAGGUAGGAAAAUGUUUGUGUGGACAGUUAAUGAAGAUGGUGACUUGAAGUCAGUUAUGAAUUAUGGACAUAGUGAAGGUUAUGGCGUGUAUGGAAUUUUAUCAGAUGAUGUUGUCAAGUGUAUUAGAGUCAGAGAGAAAAUUUUGAGAAGAAGAAAAUUUUGGAGGCAAUUCUAA